AAGAUUACACAGAUCCAAGGAAGCUGCAGAGCACACCGAGCCACCCCCCCUUCCACUGAGGAUACACAGGACUAUGCUUACUUUCCCUCCUCCCUCCCUUCCUUUCUCUCUUACCCAUCCCCUCACUCUCAUGCUCAACUCUGUGCUGAGCUUUAUCGUAGCGUAGCGCCUCUCAACAAGCCACUGAGGAGAAACUUCAAGAAGCCCAUCCACACAGCUUCCCUUUCCUCCUGCCCAAGCAUGCUGGAGCUCGGACAGAGAUGGACGAGGCUGAUCUGCUUGUCACUUCUGUGUCUGUGUCUCUGCCUGCCGAGGGAAUCAAACGCCAGGAGAGCCCCAAAGAUUCCCAGAUGUCCUGCGACGUGCUCCUGCACCAAAGACAGUGCCUUCUGCGUGGAUACCAAGGCCAUCCCCAAGAGCUUCCCACCUGGAAUCAUCUCUCUGACGAUGGUAAACGCAGCCUUUACUACAGUCCCAGAGGGAGCUUUCUCGCACCUUCAUCUACUGCAGUUCCUGCUCUUGAACUCCAACACAUUCACCAUGGUUACCGAUGAUGCCUUUGCUGGCCUGUCUCACCUGCAGUACCUGUUCAUUGAGAAUAACGACAUCCAGGUUCUCUCAAAGUACACCCUCAGAGGACUCAAGUCCCUGACUCAUCUAUCGCUCUCAAACAACAACCUGCAGCAGCUGCCAAGAGAUCUAUUCAAACAUCUAGACAUCCUCACAGAUUUAGACCUGCGGGGGAACUCUUUCCGCUGCGACUGUAAGAUCAAAUGGCUGGUCGACUGGAUGGAGAAGACCAACACUUCUGUUCCUGCCAUCUACUGUGCCAGCCCUUUCGAAUUCCAGGGACGCCGAAUCCACGACCUCACACCACGAGACUUCAACUGCAUCAGCGCAGAUUUUGCUGUUUAUGAAACCUUCCCUUUCCACUCUGUGUCGGUGGAAUCCUAUGAGUUCAAUGAGGAUCAGUUUGUGGCCUUUGCUCAGCCUGACUCAGGGUUCUGCACCUUGUAUGUAUGGGAUCACGUGGAGAUGGUCUUCAGGAUGUUUCAUAACAUUACUUCUCGCUCUGCUGUGUACUGCAAACCAGUGGUGAUAAACAACAGUCUUUACAUGGUUGUCGCUCAACUCUUUGGUGGAUCUCAUAUCUACAAGUGGGAAGAUGGCCCGCAGCGCUUUGUAAAGAUCCAAGACAUCGACACCACUCGCGUGAGGAAGCCCAACUUUGUGGAGACCUUCCAGCUGGAUGAGGAGUGGUACUUUGUAGUAGCAGACAGCUCCAAGGCAGGCUCCACCAGCAUUUAUCGCUGGAACAGCAAUGGUUUCUAUACUCACCAGUCCCUUCAUCCCUGGCAUCGGGACACACAUGUGGAGUUCCUUGAUGUUGGGGGAAAGCCUCACCUCAUCCUCUCCAGCGCCUCUCAGGCGCCGGUGGUUUACCAGUGGAACCGAGGCCAGAAGCAGUUUGCUUUCUUCUCCCAAAUCACAGAGCUAGCAGAUGUACAGAUGGUUAAGCACUUUUGGGUGAGGAAAGUUCUUUACCUUUGCCUCACACGCUUCAUAGGUGACUCCAAGAUCCUCCGCUGGGAAGGACAGCGGUUCAUAGAGAUCCAGACUCUUCCUUCUCGAGGCUCAAUGGCAGUGUAUCCUUUCACAGUGGGCCUCCGCCAGUACCUAAUUCUUGGAAGUGAUUUCUCCUUCUCCAGAGUAUACCUGUGGGAUGACCUCACUCAACGCUUUCAGCCCUUCCAGGAGCUCAACAUGAGAGCCCCGCGAGCGUUCAGCUUGGUAUCUGUAGACAACAAGGACAUAAUGCUGGCUGCUAGCUUCAAAGGCAACACCCUGGCCUAUCAGCACCUGCUGCUGGAUCUAAGUGCCAAGUAGACAUGCUACAGCCAGAGCGAAAGGAGGUGUUUCUCAGCAUUUAUCAACAUGUGCCAAAUAAAGGAAAGACUGCAAAAUGUUAAAGCCAUGUAACUUAAGGUCUGCUAUUUCACCUGAAUGUUUUAAGCAAGGCAACUGAUUAAAUGAUUAAUCUGAAUGCAAUAAUGUGAUGAUACACAGCAUCAGUAACAUGCCAACGUAAGUGUUGUGUCACUGACGCAUAUUUGCUUCUGUUCUGCCAAAAAUUAAUCUCGGCAAUGUUUGGCAGGACUAAACUAUUAUAUUCUAUGCUGCAUUUUACCAAUGUGAAAAUGAUAUGCAUGUGCAUCGACAGAAUUAUUCACUGGAUGAGACUGGAUAUUGUAACUGACUGUAAAACAAUGAAGGUUUUGUAAAUUACACAGUGUAGUUUAUCUGUGUAGCAUUUUGCAUGACACAGUACAAUAUAUAUGAUAGAACUAUGUAAAACAAGCAAUACUUACCAUUUCAAUACUUAAAAAUCCUUGAUUAUGUCUAUCUUUAUAUAUGAGAUACCAUUGAAUUUGUUUCGGAUUUAAUGUCCUUUCCGCAAUAAUAACAUAGGAUCGGAGCCAGUCUGAGGCAUGAGCAAACUAAUCAUGGGGCGCAAAGAAUUAACUGAAAAUGUGAACCUGCUAUUGCUCUUUAGAAUGUAGUGUUUUUAAAGCUAUUAUCCAAAAUGUCUCCCCCUGUGACUUUUUUGGGGGGACGUAGGAAAUGAGAGAACAUUUGGGGGCACUAUUGCAAACGUGGGGAUUAACAAAUAAACAAUGGCGUGGUACAACAUGUUGGAGAAUGUAUAUUAAAGUUCUGAAAAAUUUCAAAUAAUUUCCUGUUUUUUAAUGUACAGUUACAAACUGUAUUUAUUUGUCGAGGUGUACAUUUGCACAUGGAAGGGGUUAUAUGAUUAAAUUCAGUUUUGAAGCCCAUAAAA